CGGCCGUGAGGAUGAGGCGCAGAGACUUCGGGGCGUUACGGCGCGCCUUGUGCGCGCUGGUGGCCAUGGCGGCCCUCGCCCACGCCACGGCUGACGGCGACCAGGAGCCGGCAGCGGGUGGCGGCGGCGCCAGCAGUGGCGUCGCUGCCACCGAGUCGUGGACGACCGAGGCAGACGUCAUCAACAACAACGCAUGGGCGGGCGGCAACACGACCACCUCGACCACCAUGGCGCGCAUGCAGGACUCCAGGAGGGCGCAGCGGCUGCAGGAGCGGAGGACGUCCUCUCGAGGCUGGUCCACGUGGUCGGACUGGUCGACGUGCUCCAGGACGUGCGACGGCGGCGCCUCCUACCAGCUGCGGCGGUGCAAGUCACCGUCGGGCUGCCGGGGCGAGGCGAUGCGCUACAAGAUCUGCAACAUGCAGCCCUGCAUGGACGCGGUGGACUUCCGCGCGCAGCAGUGUGAGGCGUGGAACCGCGAGCCGCGCCACGGCCGCUUCUACCGCUGGACGCCGUACCACGACGAGGACCGGCCGUGCGCGCUCGUGUGCAGGGGCGAGCCCGUGCCGGAGGGCCGCGGCCACGGCGUGCCGCUGGAGACGCCCCGGAGGCGGCAGGGCCGGCGGCGGCGCGGACGCGGGGAGGGCCGGCGGCGGCGUGGCCAGCACAAGGGCGACGACGACGAGGGUGGCGACGACGUCGAGGAGGACGAGGACGAAGACGACGCCGUCGUGAACGAGGACGACGACGACGAGGACCAUGUGGACGUCGGCUCGGGCCCCGUCGUCGAGGUGCUGGCUCCCAAGUCGCAGGACGGCACCCGGUGUCGGCCGGGCAGCCUGGACAUGUGCAUCAACGGCAAGUGCCAGUCAAAGGUUUUUAAGAUAUCAUCUGGGCGACCAAAAUUUGUCUUACGCAAGUAA